AUGCUCUCCAUCCAUGCAGCUGCUCUUCUAACCGUGCUGAUUAAACACUACCCCCUGUACUUAUUGAUAAAUUUGCUUUGGACUGGUGUAACUGUUUCAGGAAAUCGAGAAUUGCAGGAAUUAAUUAAACCACAAAAGGUCGAAUUUCACUCAUUAAACUUCAACAAUACCUUGCAUUGGCAGCCUGGGAGGGCUGCCACAGGUGACAUUAUCUACUUUGUGCAGUACAAAGUGUAUGGGCAAAGCCAAUGGAAAAAUAAAGAAGAAUGUUGGGGUAUUCGUGAAGUUUUUUGUGACCUAACACAUCAGACAUCUGAUAUCAGAGAACCUUAUUAUGGCAGAGUGAAAUCUGUUUCAGCUGGAGUCCAUUCAGAUUGGAACACCAGCAGCAGAUUUACUCCAUGGAGGGAAACAAAGAUAGGACCUCCAUCAGUAAAUGUGACUCCUAGAAACAAAUCCAUAAAAUUAAAGCUCCAGGCUCCAAAUUCACCUUAUACAAGGAGAAGAGGCAGCAAGAUACCAAUGACAAACUAUUAUGAUCUAUUAUAUCGAGUGUUUCUAAUCAACAACAUGCUAAAUGAAAAAACCAAAAUACUGGCGUAUGAAGGAACAGACAAAGUUGUUAAAAUAGAAGAUUUGAAACCUGAAGUCAGCUACUGUGUAGUGGUUGCAACCUACUUGCCAGUGCUGGACCGCAGCAGUGUGUACAGCAGUAAGAAAUGCACGGUACCCCUAUGA